AUGGCUGGCAUUACUCCGUGUGCCUCGGAGCCCGGCUGCGCUCUGUCGUGGGUCUGGGUGGCCGCCGUGUCCCCGGGGUGCUCACGGGGGGAUCUUGUGACACUUCUGUUGACAGCCAACCACCCUCUGGCCCCUGGCCGAUACGGCAGCUGGCGAGAGCUGGCCAAAGCACUGGCCAACAGGAACAUGCCGGUGGUGGGUUCGAAUCUCCAGGUGUACGGUCCACAGAAGCUGACCGUGGUCAAGGACCAAGAACCCGACGGGGCGGGCAGCAGCGGCAGUAGCUACUUGAAAUGGAACAAACCCGUGCCCUGGCUGUCAGAGUUCCGCGGCCGCGCCAACCUGCACGUGUUCGAGGACUGGUGCGGGGGCUCCGUCCAGCAGCUGCGGGGGAACCUGCACUUCCCGCUGUACCCGCACGUGCACCUGUCCUUCGUGUACCCCAACGACUACACCCGCCUGAGCCACAUGGAGACCCGCAACCCCUGCUUCUACCAGGAGAGCGCGCGCCGCCCGGGCCUGGAGAAGAAUCUUCUAGAAGAAUCUCUGUAUGAAGAGGUGGCAGAUGACGCCCCUGCCUUGGGAGCCGGGCACCCCGGGACACCGGCGGGAGAGGCCCGACCCGCCUCCCUUCCCACGCACCUGCGCAAGCUGCUGGCCUGGUCCAUCCCGGGGCCCAACGCCACGCGGCCCUUCCCCGCCACGACCCGGGGGCCCCCGACCCCCCCGCCACGCAGGACAUCUGCCGAGCAGGCGCAGUGGCUAAGCCAAGUGGAGUCCUUCAUUGCCCGGCAGAGGAGGGGUGACCAGGGGGGGCUCCCCAAAAGCCCCGUGGCUGAGGAAGAGGCAGUGGUGGAGGAAGAGGAGGAGGACGGAGAAGAGGAGGAAGAGGAGGAGGAGGAGGAGGACGGGGGCGGCGGCCCGGAGUACUCGCCCGCCUUCGACCCCGUGGUGAACUGGGAGCGCACGUUCAGCGCCCGCAGCCCUGACUUCCAGGCGCUGCGCACGGACUGGAUCGACCUGAGCUGCAACACCUCCGGCAACCUGCAGCUGGCCGAGUCCGAGGCCCUGGGCGUGGCCAGGCUCUUCCUGCGGAAGCUCAGCCACAGGAGCCGAGGGCGCUACCAGCUGCAGCGGAUCGUGAACGUGGAGAAGCGCCAGGACCAGCUGCGCGGGGGCCGCUACCUCCUGGAGCUGGAGCUGCGGGAGCCGAGCGGGCGCCUAGUGCGGCUGUCAGAGUAUGUGUCCACCCGCGGCUGGCAGGGCGGCCGGCCAGCUGGUGGGGAGAUGGUGGAGGCCCGGAACCUGCAGGGCCUGGUCUGGAGCCCGCAGGGCCAGCAGGGGCCUGCCCUCAACGCCCAGGACCCGGAGCCCAAGCUGUGCUGGCCCCAGGGCUUCUCCUGGAACCACCACGCUGUGGUCCACGUCAUCGUGCCCGUGAAGAACCAGGCGCGCUGGGUGCUGCAGUUCAUCCGAGACAUGGAGAGCCUGGCCCGGCUCACCCGCGACCCCGACUUCAACAUCAUCAUCACAGACUACAGCAGCGAGGACAUGGACGUGGAGCGGGCGCUGACCGCCUCCAGCCUGCGGAGCUACCAGUACCUGAAGCUAAGUGGGAACUUCGAGCGCUCGGCAGGCCUGCAGGCCGGCAUAGAUCUGGUGAAGGACCCCCACAGCAUCGUCUUUCUCUGUGACCUCCACAUCCACUUCCCGGCCGGGAUCAUCGACACCAUCCGGAAGCACUGUGUGGAGGGCAAGAUGGCGUUCGCGCCCGCACUGCUGCGGCUGAGCUGCGGGGCCUCGCCCCGGGAGGCCGAGGGCUACUGGGAGGUGAAUGGCUUCGGGCUGCUGGGCAUCUACAAAUCAGACCUGGACCGGAUCGGGGGCAUGAACACCGAGGAGUUCCGGGACCGCUGGGGCGGAAAGGACUGGCCCGUUGUGGGGCGUGGCCUAGGACGACCCUGUUGGGGCGUGGCCCGCGUGCUGAGCGCCUGCCCAGUGAUGCCGGCGCCCUCGCCGCAGGAAGAAGCGGAGCGGGAGCCCCCGGCCGUCCCGUGA